GCUGGCUGGCUGGCUGGUUCUCUCAUUUACGCUCGAGCUGCGGUGAAGAUCGGUCGUGCGCGCUUGCGGUGUUUGUUGUAGCCUUCUGCCGCCUUGUUUCGUUGUUUUGUGAGUGCGCGUUCGCGUCGUUAGAGAGAGAGAGCGAGGCCUCUAAGAAUACGGUCAGAGUGGUGUGUUGUGAGGCAUUUCUUCAGAGUGGUUUGUUAUCAUUCUUUGUGUGUUGUGCCAGGUGAAAGCAAUCACCUUUUUUUUGCUAGUGUCGUUGUGCUGCUGCAACUCCACCCCUUUUGGCGCCUUGCAGAAGAAGAAGUUCGGCCGAGUCAGCAGAGUGCAAAAGCCGCUGCUGCUGAUGGAAUCCGACCGCGUUACGUCAGCGGCUGUGCUAAAAGAUUGCAAAAACAAAUAGCAGUGAAACCAUUUUCCAGUGCAUUCGUGUGGCCGGUUGGUGGGUGGGUGGUACGUGCAGUGCGUAAGCAAAUCUCCUCUCCCGGCGCCGUGUGCAAUACGUGAUCGUGUGCGGUGUGGGUGUGGUGUGCCGUUGUGCGGAAUGCACCACUGACGACUUCGCGCGGUGUUCUCCUCGGUGUGCCUUUUCAAGGACGGGAAUUUAAUCGUUCUUUCCCGCACAACACUGGCCCGGUCGUAGUCGUCGUGUCGUGGUGUGGUGGGUUGUUGUGCAAGAACCCUGCUCUCCGACGGUCAUAAUUCACCAGUGACCGCGCGCCUGUGACUAGCUCUAGGUGUGUGCGGUGCGGAGAGCGAGUAACGAUCGUAAGGAAGAAAGCCAAGUUUUGCAACGAGCAAAUAGUUGCAAACGAAACGUCUAGAACGAUUGCUUCGCGGGUAGCUGUGAGUGGCGUGCUUCAGUUGUGGUUUCCCCGACAGCGAAAGGAAGUGUGUGUGGCCGAUAAGGGCCCUUUGGCUGUUUUUAAUUUGUUCGUGAUCGACACACGCGUGUGUGCAGCCAGCAGUGAGCAACGAUGACGAUCUUUAGCUCGUAUGGAAUGAGGACGAAAGUCCAGGAGAAGAAAGGAAAAAUGUCAACGGAUGAGCAACAGCAGCAACAGCAGCAACAGAAUCAAAUUCCCAACAUUGCCGGAACGAUCCUGAUCGGUGGCAUCGGUGGUGGCCUCGAUGGUGGUCAGCACAAGCAGCAGCAGCAACAGCAGCAGCAGCAGCACCAGGCACAGUCCCAACACAAUCCGCACCAGCAGCAGCAGCAUCAUCUGCACAGCUACAGCCACAUACUACCUCAUCUGCAUCAGUUCAGCACGAUGACCGGGUCGAAUCCGGCCAGCCUGACCGGCGGCACGAAGCUGCCCGCCAAAAGCUCCCCGCUCGGGCCGUCCCCCUUCCGGCAGCUGCUCCCAGUGACGCUCUGCAUCAUAUCGUUCGCCACGGUGCUGAGCAUACUGAUCAUCUACAUGGACACGACUGAGAUACGCCACCAGCAGUUCCGGCUGAACAUGUCGCGCGACUACGACCUGAUGGGCGUACCGCAGGACAACCCGGCGCUGGUCAAGUACGUACGCGACAUACACAUGAAGAAGUACCCGAUGACGUUCAUGCGCAACGCGAACGCACCGGUCGAGCAGCUGAACUUUACCAACCGGCACGAGCUGACACCGGAGAUGGCACACCUGAUAUCGGACCUGCUCGGCCGGAAGCGGUUCGGGACGUUCUUCCAGUCGCUGACCGGCAACAGCGACUCGAUGAUGACCGCCCCGUGGCUGGCGGAAACGAUGAACUGGGGCGGCUACCUGGUGGAACCGGAUCCGCGCAAAUACUUUUCGCUGCGCAAGCAGAACGCCUUCCGCUCGAACGUGCAGGUCAUCCAUGCGUGCCUGUCGCCGAACACGUACCCGAAGGAGGUAACGCUGCACCACGACGACGACAGCGAGGUGCAGAUCAACAGCGUGCUGGACGAGGAGACGGAAUGGUUCCAUCCGCGGGUCAAGUGCUUCCCGGUCUACACGCUAAUGCUGGCCGUCAAUCGAACGUCGAUCGAUUUGCUUAGCCUUGGCUGCCACGGACAGGAAUUGCAGAUUCUUCAAACCAUUCCAUUCGACCGGGUGCACAUCAAGGUCAUCUCGAUCCAUCUCGUGCACUACUUCGAGGAGGACGAAAUGAUGAUCGACGUGGACGAGUACGUGCAGAGCAUCGGGCGCUUCCUGAUGAGCAAAUCGUACAAGCUCGUUCGCAGCAUGGAUCGCAACUUUAUCUACCAGCAUCUGUCCGUGCUGUCGGCGGCCAAGCAGCGGCAGCGCCAGCAGCAACAGCAGCAAUCCUUCUCAGUGGCCGAUCAUAUGCUAGCCUCCUCGCAGCAGCACCAGCAGCAGCAGCAGCACCCCGUCCCUGCACGCAGUAACGCUAUCAGCUCGGGUGAGAAGCCGGACGCGACGAUGGCUAUCCGCAAGGGUCAGGAAAUUAGCAGCAAUAGCGGAAAGAUACCCAUGUCACUGUCGUCCGCCGCGACAACUACGCCAGCACCGGCAACGACCACAUCAACCACGGCUGUACCAUCGUCCACCGCUGCCAGUGCGACCGAUAGCUCGGAACGAUUCGACAAGCUAAUGCUGCUGCGCGGUGGCGACUCGGAACCGUUCGAUGCAAGCGAUUCGGAGUUGGUCGGCAGUUCCGACUCGAGUGCAAUGGAGAAUGGGUCCGACAGUGAGGACGAAGCGCAGCAACAGCAACAGGCCGAACAAGACAAGCCGGCGGAGGUUGUUGAUCUGGAGCAAACGGUGUCACUGAUGGAACCGCUCGACGAGACAGAACUCGAGGAUGGGUCGGUACGUGUGGCCGGAUCAUCAUCACCGCCUCCGAUGGUGACGUCGCUGAAAUGAGCGGAAACGGUGUUGUUACCUACCAUGCACCAACUUCCCUCAGGAGAGCCAGUACGCUUGAAUCGGAUAUUUUUUCUUUUAAAUACUUAAAGCUACCAGUCCAGCAUUCCACUUUCUUAUCGUUUUACACCUUAACCGGUUUCGAUGGGCAGGCGCGCGGGCUGUCCAUUUAGCCAGAGACCAGUCGGUGAUAGAGAAUUGCCUUAAAUAAUGUUUGAUGUUUUAAUUUUUCACUUCAUAGUUUUUAAUAGUUUUUUUUUUCUUUCGGGGCGUACCUUGCGUGUACAGAGAAAGAGCAUAAAACAUGAAUAAUACUUUUCUACACGGUAUUACCUCUCUCAGACGGAUCUGAACAGUGAACUAAACAGAAUCUUUUGAACGAAUGGUAACAUGCAUUUAAGUUGCUUCACUUUUUUUUGAGGAAUUCAUUUUCAUUUUGCAUUAAAUAAGAUUUUCAUUUUAUACACAUUUUUAUCGUAAUUGUACUUUUGCCUACAAAUUAAAACAAUAUCAGUGUGGGUUGCAAACGCGUGACAGCAAUUGGAAAGUGAGAUAGCAUAUUAUUGAUGAUGAAAGCGAAUGGGAAAUCGUUUUAUCUGAGCAGAGAGCAAGCAAAACAAUCCUCGAAUCAUUGCCGAAAAAGCAAUAAGAAUACACAAUUCUUUCAACUAUAUUUAGAUAGCAGCAGUACGUUACGUUACUUACGAUUAGGAAACUUUUAGUUAUAUUUCUACAACACACACAUACACACACAGAGUUUUAGUCUAAAUUUCACUUUCGCAACAGGGAGCGAGGAACAAAGCCCGAUUAUUGGGAAUAACGGUGCCCUCCACCUUUGGAGACAUUGAACAUGACGGCUGCAUUUGUGAGAAAAGCGCAACGAUUUGAACAGAACAAUCGAGCAAAACCUUGUUGGUUCGAACAAACAUUGAUUCCUUUCGAUACAAUUAUUACCUGUGCACUAGAGUUCGAAGCGUAUUUACAGAUAGUUUAUAUUUGCGUGGAAAGAUCAUUGCAUUUGGUGGAUAGGUUUUGUUAAAAGUUUCGGCGCAAGGGAGAACUGCAAAUUUGAAAUCCCGUAAUGCGAUAAUAUACGGUUAAAAAUUAUAUACAUAUAUAAACUCCCUAUACAUAUAUUUAUACACACACAAUUACAAUCGUUAACGGAUGCUCUCUUAAAUUUCAAUCGUUUCUCACCGUUGUUAGAUGUUAGAAGAGUACGACCGGCCGGUACGUCUCGCCCGUGCUUAACACCCGAUACACACAUAGAUACAAUGUUACGUACUUUUGUUCCGUUCCGGGUUUGCUUCAUCCGGUGCAGAAAUUUAUAGCGAAGGAGGUGGGUAGGAACCGGCCACCAACACAUUAAAAAGCUCAACGACUCUCUGCUAGUGACUUACCAUAUCUGGAAAUGAUUCCUAUUUUAAAUAUUGCUCAGAAAAGCGGAAUAUGAAGAGAGAAACACAAGUGAACCUGAUAUCAGCGAUCGUCAUUGGAAGCGUGAAAUCAAAUCGAAUGAAAACGAACGCGACUUUAGAUAGCAAAUGAAUGUGCACGACUAAGGGGAAAUAUUUUGAAACCUGCAUUUGCUUCCCUUUUUUCGCGAGCGAGGAUCGUGAACGUUCGCACCAACGUGUUGAAUCUCCCAACAGAAGAGAGAGAGAGAGAAAAGAAAGAAACACGCAACUGAAAAGUAAACAAUCGGAACACAGAGUGAGAAGUGAUGUAGUUUUAUACAUUCGCACCACGAAUUCAAUGUCUCGUUUUGUUCGGUCCGGUGUUUCUACAGUCUCCGCACCGUGAACGCCGCCGUGGUGGAUCCCUUUUAAUCAUUAAGCAAAUAAUUGUAAGAGCAGAACGGUGUGCGGAUGGAUCUGUCCGUGAGGUGUGGAGUUCACCUUGUACCCUGAUACUACUAUUAUUAUCGAAUAUUGGCGAACGAUUGGUGCGUGAAGAGAAAGAAAGAGAGAGGAAGAAAAACGAAUAAUCUCGGGAACAUGUAAUAAAGACGGACGAUACAUUUCUUUUUACUUUAAACUAA